GGAGUGGCUGGGCCGGGGAGUGGGUUGGGCACGGGCAAAGUGAGCAUCGUCGACAAAAGAGAGCGCCUCGCCAUGGCAGUCUACACGUGCUCUGAGCCGCUGUCUCCAUUCGCUGUGUGUUCCAGUUUGCCAUGGUCAUCGAAUCUCCGUGUGCCAGAUUGCGAGAAGUGAGCAUGCCGAGCUAAGUCCCCGCAGGGCGCGAAGAGACCCGGGCGCAUUGCAGAAGGCAGUUGAGCAGUGUGCGGUCGAGAGGCGUGGAGCGGUGGAGGAGGGGGGAGCGUGUCCGAGCUGGUCCCGCGGCGCGAAGAGACCCGGGCGCAUGUGCGGUCGAGAGGCGUGCGGUGGAGGAGCGUGUCCGAGCUGGUCCCGCGGCGCGAAGAGACCCGGGCGCAUCACAGUUCAAGAAUAGGGUGCGGUCUGUCUCCAUACCUUAUCAUCGCCUCGUCAGUGGGUUGUCUGUCUGUCGCCAUACCAUAUCAUCGCCUCGUGUGCGGCAGCGCCGAGCAGCAGAACGAAGAGCAGCGACGACUGCGGUUGGAGCGCGGGAGCGAGGGGCGGGCGCCGCGGCGGCGGCGGAGGAGAGAGCGGUGGCAGGAGGAGUGGCGGCGGUCUUCGGGAUGGCAUGUGCGUUGGUGAAGGUGCUGUGCGGCUGUCGGUGUCAUCGUGGAUCCGUCACCAUUCGUCCGUCACCAUAUCAUCGCCUCGUGUGCGGCAGCGCCGAGCAGCAGGACGGGUAGCGACUGCGGUGGAGCGUCGGAGCGAGAGCGGGGGGGGGCGGGGGGCGCGGCGGCCGCACGGUGGCGGCGGCGGCGGCGGCGGCGGUGAGGGGGGAGAGGGAGGCGACGGGCGGUGAUGGAGAGCCGGCGCCAAAUAUGGAUCACGCUCUCUCACCGCAUGCUUGCACCGAGGCACCGAGGCGAGACGACGAGCGCGACUGCGAGGUUGGAACACCGGACGAGAGGGCGGGGCGGGCGGCGGCGGAGGCGGAGGCGGCGGAGGCGGCGGAGGUGGAGGUGGCGGGUGGAGCGAGGUGAUAGAGGCGAAGAGGAGCCGACUGGCCUCGCGUGCCGCGUGCCGCCGAGCAGGAAAGUAGCGACUGCGGUGGAGCGUCGGAACGAGAUCGGGGGGGGGGGGGCGGAAGGCGCGGCGGCCGCACGGUGGCGGCGGCGGCGGCGGCGGCGGUGAGGGGGGAGAGGGAGGCGACGGGCGGUGGUGGAGGAGGAGGUGGAGAGAAGCACACACGCUGCGCCUCGCGUGCCGCCGAGCAGCGGCCCGACACAGCACAGCAGGGAGUCCUGUGUCCUGGGCGCGUCUCAGAUUGG